UUGCAGCAGAGUUUCAGUAUUCAAACGUUUCAUUUGUACCGACGUAUACGGUUUUUUCGUUUUCGCGCGCUAGUGCCUUUUAUUAAUAGAAUAUAGUAACGAUUUGAAAAAGUUUCAGCUCAACAUUCGAGCUCGUAAUAGCUGCGAAAAAUCCUCGGGGCGAUAUGACCGGCAUUUCAAGUGUCGGUGCCGUGGUGAAUAGGAGUCUAGGUGUGAAGAGAAGUAGCGUAAGCGACGAUGAGGGUUUCAAUGAUUGUUUGGACUGUGAGACUACGAAAAGCGAAAGAAGAGCAUUGAAACGUUUCAAAGGGAACGAUGACGAAGGUUUCAGAAAGAGACGAUCGAAAGCAGUCGCGUCAGAAUUGUUUGGCGAAGAAUCGAACGACGAGAGCGUCGAAGAAGUCGUCUCGUUGAUUCGUUCUGCUCUGCAGAAAGUCCGGGACAUUUUCAAUGACGAUAAGUCGAGCAAACGUGGCGCUGGUUCCGAGAGCAGCGCCGGCGAGCAACGAACUGCCGAUGACUUGGAUGCUGAGAUAUGCGCAAGCGACGUUCCCGAGCGAAUGCAGCUCCGAGUCGUUCCCGUGACCGCAGCUUCGAAAAAGGAGCUCGCGAGAGAAGCUCGGUGGAUUUACGAGCAAGCCUUCGACUGCAGAACCAUUUCCAUUCAAGACUCUCACUUGACGGCGGAAGCUAAGGGCCGCGCGCGCAAAGGCCCGGAAGCAGUGGACAAGAUCGCAGUCGCCUUAGAUCUCUUGAAAAAUCAGCAUCUCGAGGUGCCCUUCAUCGCCUUCUAUCGCAAAGAGUGCGUCUUGCCGGAGCUCGGCAUCAACGAUCUCUGGAGGAUUUACAAAUUCGACGCCAAGUGGUGCCAGCUGAGUCGACGUAAAAAAGCUCUGUUGGACGUUUUCCAACUGAUGAAAUAUCAUCAGGAUAGCGACGCGUCGCGGCACAGCAGACCGAUAGAGAGCGACGACAUUGAGCAGCUGAGAGCCGCGAGGACAAUCGAGGAGCUGAACGAUUUCUAUCAGCUGUUUUUCUUGCACUACGCUCCUGAGAUUUUCAAAGAAGAGCGCGUCGACGAUCGUAACGAAUCUUACUCAAUUUAUCGCGAGGCUGGCCUGAGCAGUUUGGCUAGAAAGUUUGGCUUGUCGCCCAAGCAGUUCGCCAACAAUCUCGAUCGACAAUGCCAGGUACACAAAGUCGAGCAAGAGGCAGUUCUACCCAGCGUUCUUGCUUUGAGUUACAUCAACAAGACGUUCAAAACCAGCGAGGAGGUACUAAAGGCCGCGCAGCGUAUGGUAGCGAUACAAAUUUCCAAAGAACCAAUGGUCAGAAAAUCGGUGAGGAAGCUAUACCUCGAGCAGGCAAAAAUGUCGGUGCGACCGACGAGCAAGGGGAUCGCAGCGAUCGGCGAAAACCAUCCCGUCUACACCAUGAAAUACCUCAAAGGCAAGCCCGUCAAGGACCUGGCCGGCGACCAGUACCUGAAGCUGUCCAUGGCGCAGGAUGACCGAUUGAUCACGAUUGGCUUUUCCGAUCAAGUCGAGGCGAACUACGCGGAGCGCGCGAAACGGCUUUGGUGCAGGAGCGAGUCGAGUAAACACGUCCGAGAGUGGGACCGGCUCCGCGCCGGCAGCGUGGAAGCAGCCGUCGCCGAGAUGCUCGUGCCCGAGCUGAAGCGAGAGCUGCACUCGACGCUGCUGGCCGAGGCCAAGGAGUGCGUGACGCGCUGCUGCGCUCGCAAGAUAUACGACUGGAUAAAGACGGCCCCGUACCGUGCCGCCUGUUCUGCCGAGCACGAGGACUGUUGGGACGCGUCGACAGGUUUGCGGGUCAUGGGCGUGGCGUACGACGACGAUCCUGCGGCGACGGCGGCGUUUGCCUGCACGGUCGCGCCCAGCGCCGCGUGCGCGGACUCGUACGAGCUGCCCGACGCCGGAACAACGAGCGACGGGGCGAUUGAGCGCGCGAUCGCGGCGAGCAGACCCCACGUGGUGGCUAUCUCGGGCGCGUCAUGCCGAGCGCCCGCGAUCGCGCGAGCCUUCCGCGAGGCGAUCGCGAGACUCGCGGCCGAGGCCAAUUUUCCAAGGAUCGCGGUGGAGAUCGUCGAGAACGGAGCCGCGCUCGUCUACUCCACCAAUAGUCAGGGUGUCGCCGAGUUCCCGGAGCAUCCGGCCGUCUUGCGCCAGGCGAUCUCGCUGGCGCGUCGCCUGCAGGAUCCCCUCGGCGAGUUAUCGCAGCUGUGCAACGCCGACCACGAGAUUCUCCGUCUCGAGCUCCAUGAUCUCCAAGACCAGGUGGCCCGGGAAGACUUACGCGAUGAUAUCUAUUUGGAGUUCGUCAAUCGAGUGAACGAGGUCGGCGUCGACGUCAACAGAGCCCUGCUUACGCCCUACUUUGGCAGCCUGCUGCAGUUCGUGUGCGGCUUCGGGCCGCGCAAGGCACGCCACCUCCUGGACACUCUGGGCAGGGCGAGCCAACAAUUGGAAGAUCGCCGACAGCUGAUGACUCUGUGCCGCCUGGGCCCCAAGAUGUACGCCAAUUGCGCGGGCUUCAUCAAGAUCGACGCGAGCAGCUUGCACACGGCCGCGAGGGCGCGCGUCCAGGUGCUCGACGGCUCGCGCGUGCAUCCCGAGAACUACGACUGGGUCGGCAGAAUAGCGGCCGACGCGCUUGACUACGAUUGCCAAGAGGCGAGCGCUGCGCCGCUGGCGCUCAGAGACAUCGUCCAGGUCCCGGAGAGAUUGCAGGAACUGGACCUCGACGCGUACGCCGAGGAACUCGUGAGGCGUGGAUUCCCCAAUCAAUGCAUCACGCUACACGACAUUCGCUCGGAACUCACUCACAGAUACAAGGACCUGCGAAUCCCGUAUCAGUCUCCGACAGUCGACCAACUCUUCGGAAUAUUUGCCAAGCAAGAUGCGGAAAACUUCUACGUUGGUAAACUUGUGGAGGCCACGAUCGUAGCACUGGCUAACGAAGUCGUUUGGCUGCGUUUGGAUAACUCUAUAUCCGGGUUCAUUCGCAUAGACAAUUUGUCGGACGAAAGUGUGGCCAAUCCCGAAGAAAAAAUUCGCGUGGGCGAUCGCAUUCACUGUCGUAUAGUGCAGAUCGAGGCGGCCGAAUUUCGCGUCGAAGCGAGCAGCAAACACAGCGAUCUAGCCGAUAGGAACGACGAGUGGAGAUUGCCGAAAGACAAAUACUACGACCACAUAGCCGAAGCUAGAGACGAAUUAUUGGACGAGAGAACGCGAAACGCGAGGCAACGGCGGGGGGAUGCGACGCGCACGAGUGCUCAUUGCUGCUUCAGAAACGUCAACUUCAAGGACGCCGAGAUACUGAUGCAAGCGAUGCGACCGGGCGAGGUGAUAAUUCGACCGUCGAGCAAGGGUGAAGGACAGCUUUGUCUCACGUGGAAAAUGUCCGAGGGCGUGAAUCAUCAUACCGCGGUGCGCGACGACGGCAAGUGUUUGUGGAUUGGUGAACAAGAAUUUCCGAAUGUCGACGCAAUUAUCGCUAGGCAUGUCGGUCCCAUGGCUGUUUACGCUUGCGAACUGAUGAGCUUCAAGCACUACAAGCCACAAGUUCUGGGCGUGCAGGGCAAAGCUGAAGAGAUACUUAAGAAUCAGAAGAGAAAGAAUCCCCAGGGAAUUCCUUACAUCAUUUCUGCAAUCAAGAACCAACCUGGCAAAUUCAUGCUGUCGUAUCUUCCUCGUGACCAGUGCCGACAUAGCAUCAUUACCAUAAGCCCGGCCGGUUUGACGUUUGGUGGUCGUCGAUUCGAUCGCUUGAAUGACUUUAUCCGCUGGUUCAAAGAACAUUCCAAGGAAUCGAUCGCUAAGUAAACCACUUCGCAUGCGUCGAGGACUCGGCUCGAUAAUGACGUAAAAAAUGAGUAUCGGCAACGAGAUCGAAAAUUGAGUUCUGCACUUUCGCAGAGAUAAAUUCAGAGAUGUUUCGAGACGCGACUCGAAAUUCUCUUCCUUCGAUGCUGCACUCUCUAUCAUAAGCAGCACAUUGAUCCUUGUACAUGAACCUGUGAGAAUGUACCAAAAGAAGACUGUAAUUUUUUAAUUUUCCGAUUUUAUAUUUGUUUUUUAGGUAUUUAUAGAAAAUAACGAAUUUUAGCAUGCAAUAUUUCAUGCUUUUUAUGAUUUUUAUUUCAUAUUUAUUAUAUAGGGUAAUAACAAUAGUAACAGACCACGUGCCAGUAGCCGUCCACCUUAAAUUAAGAUAAUUAACGAUUUAAUCGAAUCUUAAUUUUUUUUUUCAUCAAAAUCAUUAAAAAUUUUAGUUAAAAUAUUAGUGACCGAAUGCUAUCGCAAAGCCCAGCCGGAAUAACCGAUUAUUAGCGAAAUAUCGCUUUUCUGUUUUAAACUUCAAUCAUUUUUUUCCUACACUGAGUACAAAUAAAAUAAAAAUUUUAUCUGAAAGAUGAAACAUUUAUGCUGUAAAUAUUUCCAUUUCCUUUUUAUUUGUUAUCAAUUUAAACAUAUUUUUUGUAUCAGUUUAAAGUGAAAAUCGUCAUUAAAGGUAGUCGGCCACCUUUAGGUAAUUUUCCAUCUUUGAAUCUAUUACAUAAAAAUGGAAAUGGAAACUCAAAUCAAUAAUAUUUUAUCUUCAAAAUACAGUUUUAUAUUUAAUUUUACUCGCUGUUUGAAAAGAAUACUUGAAGUUUGGAAAAUAAUAAUUCACAUUUCGCUAGUAGUCUGUCAGUUGGCCACCAAUGUUCAUCAACUUAAUGAUUAUUUAUUAAAGAUAAUAAAGACAUGGACAACUAUUAGUAAUUGAUCGGUUACUAAUGUCUUUCCUAUAAUCUAUACGACAAUGACGUAGGUAAAAUACGUUUAGUGUAAUAAAACUAUAUUCAUUUACUGCAAAAUUGUUUUAAAAUUUUUUUGGAAUAACUAUUGUAUAAAGUGUCUAUUUCAAAUUUUAAAUAACUGGUGGGUGUACAGAGGC